CCGCCGCCGCGGCGCAUGCGCCGGGAGCCAGCCCCGGACACCGUCACGGCGCCUUCCGGGGCAGCGCAGCGCCCUCCCUGCCCCGCCAUGGAGAGCGGGCAGGGGCCCGGCGCCCCGGAGCUCGGCGACUCGGCCGAGAGAGGAAUACCUAAGCCUUAUGUACCAACAGAGGAGGAAAGAAGACUCCUCAAGGAAUGUGCUGAAGAGAGUGCCCGGUACAGAGCUUUUCCUUUGGCUGCAGUGAGCAUGCUUGGUACUAGCUUCUUAAUUAAGAAAGGUGUUCUAAGAGACAGCUCAAGGCUUGGCUCCUUCUCAAAAGUUGCAUUUGCUGGAAUAUGUGGAUACCUGGCUGGAAAGAUAUCCUACUUGCCAAUCUGUAGCGAGAAAUUUAAGAGACUGAAGGAUUCCCCCAUAGGAGAUGUUCUACGACAAGCUCAGAGACAUAGUUCACAUAACCGCUCCAGUCGCAAAUCUGACUUUUCAGACCUGCCUUCCCAGUCCUUCCCUGAGUCUCCUUCUCCAAGAGCUGCAUUCCCGCUUCCUCCCAGCUAUUCAGAUGAGUAUAGUUCAACAGAGAGAGGCCUCUCCAGUUAUGAGCCUGUUCCAUUCAGUGCUUCCCUGAACGAAUCUUCCCCUACAGGCAUCACUGAUUACACUGCUCAAGAACCUGCUCCAGUUCAAGAGGAAGGUCGUAAAAAGAAAGGUGUCACAUAUGAGGAACUAAGGAAUAAACACAGAGAGACUUAUGAUGUAAUGCAGCCACCAAAGGCAGAGGCUCCAAGCAAGUUUACACAGGAGAAAAGAGCUAAGGAAGUUAAAGUAAAUCAGUAUGGAGAUACCUGGGAUGAGUGAGAGCUGAACCAAGAACUGAAGAAAAUGAUCUCCUGUCAGCCAACUUGAACUUCAUCUACGUUAAGUCACGAGUGUCAGCACCUCUGGGGUGUUCUGCCAGGCCCAGCUGUUAAUCAACGAGGAGAAAACCCUGGCUUGCCAGAAGAUUAAAAAAUAAAGCAUUUAGGCUAGAAUAUUUUUGUUCAAUUUUGCUUAAAUAUAGCAGGCAAAGCUCUGGUGAGGUGUCCUGGCUGUAAACCACUUGUGCUGAAAGGGUAACUGGCAAUAGCUGCUAGAAACAUAGAGCAAAAGGUACAAACUGUCUGUAAAUAAUGCAAUCACAUGCCUUGGGAAGGGAAAAAGAGCAGAAUCUCCUCAAACUGGCAAGAGUUGCAUUAAAAGUUACCUGCAGAA